UCGGGGUAACCCUACCGCCACUCAGUCGGAGGCUUUUUUCCGCGGCCAAAAAAACACUACUAUUUCCACCUCGGCAGCCGCAGCAUGAAGACCAAGACGACGGACCUGGCCAAGGCGAUCCGCAAGAUCCUCGCGUCCUCGGACCUCGAGACGCUCUCGCGCAAGAUGGUGCGCAAGCAGCUCGAGACGCAGUUCGGCGAGUCCAUGGAAGAGCAAAAGACGUUCAUCAACGCGCAGAUCACCAAGAUUAUUGAGGAGCAAAAUGACGACGACGACGAUGACGACGAGAACGACUCGGAGGACGAUGCGCCGCCGGCCAAGCGCGCCAAGGUCACCAAGGCCAAGGCUGCGCCCAAGAAGCGUGCGCCCAAGAAGGAAGGCGGUGGCGGCGGUGGCGGCUUUGCGUCCGAGAUGGUUUUGAGCCCCGAGCUCGCGCAGGUGCUUGGCGUGGAAAAGUCGUCGCGCCCGCAGCUCGUCAAGAAGAUGUGGGACUACAUUCGCGACCACGGCCUCCAGGACCCGUCGGACAAGCGCACGAUCUUGCUCGACGACACGCUGAAGGGCGUCUUCAAGCGCGACUCGUUCACGAUGUUCUCCAUGAACAAGUUCCUCAAGCGCCACGUCAAGAAGGAAUCGGAAGUCGUCAACGGCUGGGACGACAUCAUCCGCGACGGCGAGUCGAGCGAGGAGGACGAGGCCAAGACGGCCGAGAAGGAACGCAAGAAAGCGGUCAAGGCCGCGCGCAAGGUGGCCGCCGCUGGCAAGGAAAAGGGCGAGAAGCCCAAGCGUGCGGCGCCGGCGCCCAACACGGGCAUCAACGCGCCGCUCGAGCUCUCGAAGGAACUCGGCGCGAUCCUCGGCGAGUCGGUGCUGAGCCGCCCGCAGGUCGUCAAGCGUCUCUGGGCGUACAUCAAGGAGAACGAGCUCCAGAACCCCGAAAACAAGCAGGAAAUCGUUUGCAACGAGCUGCUCACGUCGCUCUUUGGCGAGCCCUCGGUCACCAUGUUCUCGAUGAACAAGCUCUUGAAGCCGCACUUCCUCGGCAAGGCCAAGGUCGUGCCCGAAGCCGCCAAGCCCGAGCCGGUCGCCGCGGCUGCCAGCGACGACGACGCCGGUAGCGACGACGCCAGCGACGAUGCCAGCGACGACGAGUAAAAGCCCAUGUCUCUCGCACCGUCGACGGCUGCAUAGAUUUGUAUAUUUGUAAGUUAGGUUUUCAACCCUCUUCUCCUCGUCUUA